CAUAAAAAAAAAAGAAAAGAAAAAAAAGUGGGCUGUUAUCAAUCUUUCAAUCACCAACCUCGGUGGGUUAGUGGGUUUGUUGACACAUCAAAGUUGCCACUCUACAGUAUACGCAGUUUGUCUAUUGGAGUUUUGUUAAAGUUUGCACCUCUUUUUCUUCGUUUUUCCAAUAGAUUCGCCAAAUAUACUCCCUCUACUUUGUUAGAUUACACUCAAAGUAGGGUAACUAUGGCUUUACGAUUGUUCGCUUCUAGGGCUGCCUCAAGACUUGGGAUCUCUGUUCUUCCCAGAUCAUUUGCUACUGUUGUUGGGGACUUGAAGUAUACUGACUCUCACGAGUGGGUGAAAGUUGAGGGUAAUUCAGCUACAGUAGGCAUAACAGAUCAUGCACAAGAACAUUUGGGUGAUGUCGUAUAUGUUGAGUUGCCAGAAGAGGGAGCUGCUGUCUCUAAGGGCGAGGCUUUCGGUGCAGUUGAGAGUGUGAAGGCAUCUAGUGAUGUUAAUUCUCCUAUAUCUGGAAAAGUGACUAAAGUCAAUGACGAGGUUGGCGACUCCCCUGGAUUGGUCAACUCUAGCCCCUAUGAGAAGGGAUGGAUCAUUAAGGUUGAAUUGAGCAAUUCGGAUGAGCUUAACUCCUUGAUGGAUGCAGACAAAUACAGCAAAUUCUGCGAGGAAGAAGAUGCCAAGCAUUAAACUAGACUGCAUAUCCAAGUAUUGUUUUGAAUGCUUGCUUUGCUUUGGAAAUGACUAUAAUUGUUCUUGCUGUGAUGAAGCUGCCAGGGAAAGAAGCUCCUCAACCCACCCCUGCCAGAGAAGUGAAAAUAAAAAAAGUUUGAACCUUUACUCUUCAUGUAGCUGAGAUCUUUAUUCUUUUAGCUAGUAUUGGUGAUCUCAAAUGAAUGGAUUUUUUUUGCAAGAACAAUUGACCUUUGUGUUUUUAAAAGUAUCAAUUCAUGAGUACUGAAAGUGGGGUUUUAAUCUUAUUUUUGGGGCAGCAUUUUAGCAAUGUCAUUUGAGUAUGUGAGUGAGGCUUUGUUUUUUUUUUUUUUUUU